GGAUUCCUAAAAGCUGCUGUUCUACUCCACACGGAAGAGGGGAUGCGAGUGGAUCACUCCGUCUUGCCCUCGCCUUCCCGAAGAAGACAACCGAAGCCAAAGCGAGCGCUGCGUCGACGCCGAACAACUCGUUCGAGCUCCAUUUCCGUUCCCUUGUGCCCGCAAUCAGUCCGACAUCGGAAGAAGAGAGAGGAAGAUGGGGGAGGCGGAGGCGGCGACCCGCAACGACCUGAUGCAGCGCCUCAAGCCCUCGGCCGCAAGCACCUCUUCCUGCUCCGCUGCCGCCCCUCCGAAGGCGCCGAAUAGCGCUUCCUUCUUCCGACACUUCGCGCCCAACAGCUUCGGCCCCGAGGCCGCCCGGCGGCCAGGCAUCCCACCUAUUCCUCCGCCGCCCUCGCCGUCCUCCGCUGCAGCAGCCGUCCGGCCGCCCUCUCCCAUCUCCUCUGCCUCCGCCGCUUUCCACUCCCGCUCGCUCUCCCAGCCCCCCGCCUUCUUCUCCCUCGACUCCUUGCCCCCUCCGCUCAGCCCACCCGCGUUCGCCGGCGCCACUUCGGAUGCUUCCUUGGCCGACAGGGCGCGACCCGCCUCGGCCGGCCUGCCGCCGCGGAAGGCCCACCGCCGCUCGCAGAGCGAUGUCCCGAUCGGCUUCCUCCAGUCUUUUUCUUCUUCUUCUUCUUCAUCGAGUCCCGUGGCGGCGCCGGCAAUGACGGCCGGGACUGCCUCUGCCAUGCUCUCUCAGCAGCAAGUGAAGCAGGAGGCCGAGUGGGAGAAGGAGACGGAGAGCAGCGCGGAGGGAACCGGCGACCGGAAGGAGGACGCAGGAGACGCCGCAGAUGAUCUGUUCAACGCUUACAUGAACCUGGACAGCUUGGACGCUCUGAAUUCUUCUGGAAUGGAGGAGCGGCACGAGGAUUUUGACAGCAGCAGGUUGAGCGGGGCAAGAAUGAGCGCUACCGAAACCAGCGAGAACGAGGCGGAGAGCAGUGUUAACGAGAGCAGUGGCGGUGGGGUGAAGAAGGAAGGGAACAAGAGGAGCGCGGCGGGAGAUCUGACCCCGAUAUCUAUGCGACACUGUCGGAGUCUUUCGAUGGAUAGUUUCAUGGGGAAGCUUAAUUUUGGGGAUGAAUCGCCAAAGCUGCUGCCUUCACCGGGAAUUCAGAUGCCCCAUCUUAUGCGUAGUGGUUCGAUGGAUCGUACUGCCAAUACGUUGAGCUUGGAGUUCGGAAAUGGUGAGUUCAGCAGUGCUGAGAUCAAGAAGAUCAUGGCGAAUGAAAAGCUUGCGGAGAUGGCAAUAACAGAUCCGAAAAGAGUCAAGAGGAUUUUGGCUAACCGGCAAUCUGCUGCGCGAUCUAAGGAGCGAAAGAUGAGGUAUAUUUCAGAAUUGGAACACAAGGUGCAAACUCUGCAGACAGAAGCAACUACAUUAUCAGCACAAUUGACCUUGCUGCAGAGAGAUUCAGCUGGACUGACAUGUCAGAACAAUGAACUAAGGAUCCGUCUUCAAGCCAUGGAGCAGCAGGCACAACUAAGAGAUGCCAUCAAUGAAGCACUGACAGCAGAGGUUCAGCGAUUGAAACUUGCUACUGGUGAGAUCACUGAGGCUCAGCUAUCAAAGACCAUAAAUCAACAACUGGCUACAAGUUCUCAGAUGUUUCAUCUACAUCAGUUGCAAUCACAGCAGCAGAAUCAACAAUCAACACAUGUUCCUCUCUAUCAAUUUCAGCAACCACUGCAGCAACAGCAGCAGCAGAACAAUACUGCAUCAGAGGUAGAAUCGAAGAACUGAGAAUCUGAGUUUGAUCAUUUCAGUCUAAUGUGUUACAUGGAAUGUCAUUAUUUUUUUUAAAUGCAUGCAAGGCAUCGUCAAGUGUAGUAGUGGAUGGCUUCAGUUGCUUUCAUACUCGGUCCAAACUGUAUUUCUUAUUCGUCAUGAAUUUAUUUUGUUGGGCAUUAUUGCUUUUGUAAUUAAAAUGUCUAAUCUGUGUUCUAGGAUGCAUUAAUUACUAGAUAAUAUGAUGUUCUGUUAGUAAAA